UCUCUCCAUCUCGGACUUCACCUCUAUUUUCGAUCAUAAUCCCAACGCUCCGGUCGACCAUCUCGCUUCGCUUCUUUUCCUUCUACAACCCGUUGGCCUGGUGUCGGUACAUCGGCUUGCAUUCUUCCCGUUGGCGGGUGGCCUUGCGUCGGCUGCUUUCUCAGCAGCAUUGAAGAUUUGUUGCAAAUAUCCUUCUGUCGAAUGUGAUUCUGAUCACGAACAACAAUUUCGACCCUCUCCAUACUACCAGCCUACACUGGUGAAUAGCGCCUGGGCUCCACCACAUCUGGUCUCUGGACAACCUCUCUCCCACGCUUCGGCGUAAACAACCUCACCUAUCAUGGCCACCACCGAAAAACACCAUGAAGCCUCCACUCCCGAACCCCUCUCCUUCUUCUCCCAAGUCUUCCACCCAACCGGCAUCACAUCCUCUGUCGAGAACUACCACUACAAAGGCUCUGGAACCGCCGAAGACCCUUAUGUAGUCGUAUGGAUCGACCACGACCCGCGGAAUCCCAUGAACUGGUCCUCCAAGCGAAGAUGGAUCAUCACCAUGUUGGUCGCCACGGCAUUGUUGGCUGUUGCAUUUGAUUCCAGUGCGUAUUCUGCGGGAGGGCAGUUGAUUAUCAUGGAGUUUGGCACGGUGCAGAUUGUGUUCACGCUGGGAGUGUCAUUGUUCGUGUUAGGAUUUGCGAUUGGUCCUUUGCUAUGGGCGCCCAUGUCUGAGAUGUUCGGCCGCCAAGUCAUGUUCGCCUUCACCUACGGCAUCCUAACAGCCUUCAACGGCGGCGCCAUCGCUUCGCCCAACAUCCAAUCUCUCGUCAUCCUCCGCUUCUUCGCCGGCGCCUUUGGAGCCUCCCCGCUCACCAUGGCCGGUGGCGUCAUCGCCGACAUGUUUCCCGCCCGCGAACGCGGCCUCGCCAUGUCCAUGUUCUCCGCCGCGCCCUUCAUGGGUCCUGUCCUCGGUCCCAUCGUAGGCGGCUUCGUCGGCGAAACGGUCGGCUGGCGUUGGAUCAUGGGCGUCAUCACCAUCUUCACGGGAGUGCUAUGGAUUGCACUUCUCAUCUUUCUUCCUGAGACGUACGCGCCUGUCAUCUUGAGAAAGCGCGCAGAAGCGCUGAGCAAGAAGACGGGGAUGGUGUACAAGUCCCGCGCGCAGGUCGAGCAGGGCGAUACUUCCAUCGGCGAGCUGUUCAAGACUUCAUUAUCCCGGCCAUGGGUAUUGCUGUUCAAAGAACCGAUUGUGUUGCUCCUGUCGAUUUAUAUGUCCAUCAUCUAUGGCACGCUGUACGGACUCUUCGGCGCAUUCCCGAUCGUCUUCCAGCAAGUCCGGGGUUGGUCGACGGGGAUUGGAGGUCUGGCUUUCUUGGGAGUCAUGGUCGGCAUGUUCGCUGCGAUUGCGUACAACGCCUGGGACAACAAGAGAUAUGUCAAGAUCAACGAUGAGAGUGAUGGUUUCGCUCCGCCGGAAGCGAGAAUGCCGCCUGCGAUUGUGGGCGCGAUUGCGAUUCCUAUUGGUUUGAUCUGGUUCGCGUGGACUAACUACCCCUCCAUCCACUGGUUCGCCUGCAUCGCGGCCGGCGCGCCCUUCGGCUUCGGCAUGGUCCUCGUCUUCGUCGCCAUCUUCAACUACCUCAUCGACUCCUACACCAUCUUCGCGGCCUCCGUACUCGCCGCCAACACGGUCAUGCGAUCCGUCGUCGGUGCCGCAUUCCCACUCUUCAUCCCCUACAUGUACGAUGGUCUCGGAAUCCACUGGGCGACGAUGAUUCCCGGUUUUCUGGCCGUCAUCUGUGUUCCUUUCCCCUUCCUAUUCUAUAAAUAUGGUGCGCAGAUUCGGAAGAAGUGCAAGUACGCAGCGGAGAGCGAGGCAUUCAUUCGCAGAAUGCAGAAGGAGGCUGAGCAAGGCGAUGACGAUGGUGAGAAGGGCGAGGAUGAUGCGAGUUUCGAGGACCACGACUCGAGUGAAGGCGGGGAGGAUGUGGAAAAGGAGAAGGAGGAGAACAAGGAGCGUCCGAGCGAGGCGACAUAUAUCGCCUACGGACCGAGGGAGAGUACGAGGAGUCGGGCGAGUAGUCGUGGUGCGAAUGGGAGUGGAUUGGUGAGGGUCAAGACGUACGAGAGCAAUCCGUUUGAUUUGGAUCGGGUGAAUACGAGGGAGAGUUUUGUGAGGGUGAAGAGUAAGAAGAGUUUGAGGGAGGAGGGGAGUGGAGAUCUGAGGGGAAGGCAGUGA